UAGAACACGGAAGUAGGAUUGGAAACGAGUUUAUUAUUAUUUUUUGCGUCGCUUGUGUUGAGUAAAGAAAGACAUACUGACUAAACUGAAUAGACUACCCAGCUCUCAUUUUACUGAAAAUGUCUAAACUACAGUUGUUGCGUGUAUUUUUAGAUGAGCGUUUAACGGCGGCUGCUGUGGAUAUUUUUGGGGAAGUUGAGAAAACGGUAGUGGAAUACCAGGAGGAGAAUGAUCGGCUACUGAGAAUGCUGCGGAUCACACCAGAGAUAAAACAAUGUAGAAUAGUCCCUCCAGAAUCCCUGCAGCUCUCUGUCUCUGAAGAGGAGGUUCCCCCUGAGCAGCAGCACUGUGAGCAGGAGUGGAGCCCCAGUCUGGGACAGGAGGACCCAGAGACCACACAGAUUAAAGAGGAACAGGAGGAAGUCAGGACCAGUCAGGAGGAAGAGCAGCUUCAAGGGGUGGAGCCUGAUGUCAUAGAGUUCAUAUUUACUCCUUCCUGUGUGAAAAGUGAAUGUGAUCAGGAGGACCCAUGUCAAGAAGCCGUACUAGCUGAACACCCAACUCUCAGUCCACUGAAAACAUCUAAACUACAGUCGUUUCGAGAGUUUUUAAAUGAGCGUUUAACAGCGUUUGCUGCUGUGGAGAUUUCUGGGGAAUUUGUGAAAAUGGUAGCAGAGUACCAGGAAGAGAAUGAUCGGCUACGGAGACUGCUGCGGAUCACACCAGAGAUACAACUAUGUAGAAUAGACUCCCUGCAGAUCUCUGUCUCUGAAGAGGAGGUUCCCCCUGAGCAGCAGCACUGUGAGCAGGAGUGGAGUCCCAGUCUGGGGCAGAAGGACCCAGAGACCACACAGAUUAAAGAGGAACAGGAGGAAGUCAGGACCAGUCAGGAGGAAGAGCAGCUUCAAGGGCUGGAGCCUGAUAUCAUAGGGUUCAUUUUCUCUCCUUCCUGUGUGAAAAGUGAAUGUGAUCAGGAGGACCAAACCAAGACUGUGGAGAACAGAGAGAGUCACUCUGAAACAGUGGAUCUCAAACCUUUUGGCACUGUGACCCACAUUAAGGGUCUCUACAUUCCCUGUGACCCUCCAGAUAAUCAAAACAAUGCCUCCAGCCACAGUUCAGCUGUAAGCAGUGACCCAGUAGGACUUGACAGCAGCCCACCAUUGGAGAAACACCUGACCAAGCCCAGCACUACAUCUAGAAAAACUCACAGCUGCUGUGACUGUGGUGAAGCGUUUGCUCUGAAAGCUGACCUGCAGAGACAUGUGACUCUCACCAAGAAGAGACCCAGUGAAUGUAGAUUCUGCAAAAAACGCUACAACUCCACCUGUAAACUAAAGGCCCACGUCCGACUCUGUCACAGUGGGAAACCCUGCACCUGCCCUGUUUGUGGAAAGAUCUUCAAACAAAAAGGGCAUCUGUCCAGGCACAUGAGGAUUCACACAGGAGAGAAACCGUUCAGUUGUGGUGACUGUGGGAAAAGCUUCCGUCUGAAGGGGCAUCUAACCAGGCACAAACUAAUUCACACAGGGGAAAAUCCAUUUAGCUGUGGUGACUGUGGGAAAAGAUUCAGUCUCAAGCAGCAUCUAACCAGGCACAAAUUGAUUCACACAGGAGAGAAACCUUUUAGCUGUGGCAACUGCGGGAAAAGCUUCAAUCUCAAGAAGACACUAACUGAACAUAUACGGACUCACACAGGAGAGAAACCUUUUAGCUGUGGUGAUUGUGGAAAAAGCUUUAGUGUCAAGAAGACACUAAUUGAACAUAUACGGACUCACACAGGAGAGAAGCCAUAUAGCUGUGGUGACUGUGGGAAAAGCUUCAGUGUCAAUAGGAACCUAACUAAGCACAAACUGACUCACACAGGAGAGAAACAACAUGGCUGCUCAGUGUGUGGUAAAAGAUUCAUUCAGAAGACUAAUCUGCUGAGGCAUGUCAAAAACAACCACAAAGAAUAAAAACAAGACAAAGGAACAAAGAAAGUAAAUGAGGGGACUAAGAGAGUAUUGAGAUACACCUGUGGACCAAUUCUAGCUGGUCCUCCUGAUCCUGCUCAGUCCAAUGUCACAGUAAUGAUAUAAAUGGGGCUGUUGUCUGAGCCUAACAGGUAAUGUUGCUACUCUUUGUGUAUGAAUUGGACAAUCUGCAGUUCAGACAACCACCACUUUUUAGGUGAACAACUGAGGGAUGGUGUUGGAGAGUUGUGAACACUCAAAAUCAUAGACGGAUAUCAAAUUUGCCUGGUGUUACUUUGUUAAAGGUACCAUCAGAGGUGUACACUACAAUGCAAGAUUUAGUUAGCUAGAGAUUUAGUUAGCUAGAGAUUUAGUUAGCUAGAGAUUUAGUUAGCUAGAGAUUUAGUUAGCUAGUUAACUAAAUAAACUUUGUAUGGAGAAAGAUAAACACCAAAUGGGCGUGGUCUAAUUGACUCAACAACGUAACAACGUAACAACAUAACAACAUAACAACAUAACAACGUAACAACGUAACAACGUAACAACAUAACAACAUAACAACCUAACAACUUAACAACGUAACAACGUAACAACGUAACAACCUAACAACGUAAGUGUUGAUUUUUUAAUGAACCAGAAAAUCUCUAGGUAUUUCUGGUUGCUUAUCAAAGUUAUCUGUUUCAUUGAACCUGCUUUGUAGUGUACCCAUCUGCAGUUCAAACAAGAACAAAGUGGGAAACCUGCCACUGUUUUGGUAAACAACUGAGGGAAAGGGGUUGGAGAAAUGUACAUAUUCAGACAGAUCGUUCGAUGCCAGGACUGAUCAAAAUAAUAGUUGUAACCAUAUUAUGUGGCUAUACAGUGUUUGGUUGCCAUGUUAGGUUCAUAUGUUUUGUGUUCUGGUGGGGUAUGACUGUCCAAAGUCCAAAAUUCGAUGUACCAAUCACAGAUUGCCCCUUAAAACCCCCUAGAGUUGAUUGAGGCACCUGUGCAUCACACGACGACGUCAUUUUGAAUAUAGAACAGCCCUCUGUGUAUUUAAUAUAGUGGCUGCAGCUCAAUCCCCUCUUUCCGCCGACAUGAAGUUUGCAGCCGUUCCAUAACACGGGGCUUGUGAAAAGCGGCCUUUUUCUACACGUGAGAAGCUGUGGACGAGAAAAUAUUCACAGAAUAAUGUGUUCAACCCAAAACCGUGAGAGCUACAAUCUAAUGUCACCAAUGUUGAAAGGAGAGACUUUGAUUGGCUCUAUGACAUCAACAAGCUUACAGCAGUCCUCUGAACUCUGUCGCGGACUACGUCAUUUCAAAGAGGUGUCACAAAACCGACUGUCCCGACCAAACCGUUGGCGAUACAAACAAAUGUCACCAAUAUUCAGUAGUGUAAAGUACUUAGGUAAAAGUACUUUAAAGUAUUAAUGAAGUUGUUUUUUGGGGGGGUAUCUGUACUUUACUAUUUAUAUUUUUGACAACUUUUACUUCACUACAUUCCUAAUGAAAAUAAUGUACACGGUCAAAUUCGCGCACUUAUCAAGAGAACACGUGGUCAUCCCUACUGCCUCUGAUCUGGCAGACUCACUAAAUAUACAUUUAGUGCUUGUAAAUAAUGUCGGAGUGUUGGAGUGUACCCCUGACUAUCCGUAAAUAAUGUUGGAGUGUUGGAGUGUACCCCUGACUAUCCGUAAAUAAUGUCGGAGUGUUGGAGUGUACCCCUGACUAUCCGUAAAUAAUGUCGGAGUGUUGGAGUGUACCCCUGACUAUCCGUAAAUAAUGUCGGAGUGUUGGAGUGUACCCCUGACUAUCCGUAAAUAAUGUUGGAGUGUUGGAGUGUACCCCUGACUAUCCGUAAAUAAUGUCGGAGUGUUGGAGUGUACCCCUGACUAUCCGUAAAUAAUGUCGGAGUGUUGGAGUGUACCCCUGACUAUCCGUAAAUAAUGUCGGAGUGUUGGAGUGUACCCCUGACUAUCCGUAAAUAAUGUUAGGGUGUUGGAGUGUACCCCUGACUAUCCGUAAAUAAUGUCGGAGUGUUGGAGUGUACCCCUGACUAUCCGUAAAUAAUGUCGGAGUGUUGGAGUGUACCCCUGACUAUCCGUAAAUAAUGUCGGAGUGUUGGAGUGUACCCCUGACUAUCCGUAAAUAAUGUUAGGGUGUUGGAGUGUACCCCUGACUAUCCGUAAAUAAUGUCGGAGUGUUGGAGUGUACCCCUGACUAUCCGUAAAUAAUGUCGGAGUGUUGGAGUGUACCCCUGACUAUCCGUAAAUAAUGUUAGGGUGUUGGAGUGUACCCCUGACUAUCCGUAAAUAAUGUCGGAGUGUUGGAGUGUACCCCUGACUAUCCGUAAAAAACAAAAACAGGAAAUGGUGCCGUCUGCAUUGCUUAGUAUAAGGAAUUUGAAAUGAUUUAUACUUUUACUUUUGGUACAUAAGUAUAUUUAGAACCAAAUACUUUUAGACUUUUACUCAAGUAGUAUUUUACUGAGUGAAUUUCACUUUUUACUUGAGUCAUUUUCUAUGAAGGUAUCUUUACUUUUACUCAAGUUUGACAAUUGGAUACUUUUUCCACCACUGCCAAUAUUGAAAACUCUCACGAAUGCGAAGGUGUCUGUUGUUGUGCUUGACAACACACACAAGCUCCAGAGGAGUCGUCUGAAGGUAACCGAGGUAACCCAGUGCCAGGCUGUAAAAAGUGCGUAGGGUAUAAUGUGUAAAAAUAAAGAAAAACCCUUGAAUGAGUAGGUGUGUCCAAACUUUUGACUGGUACUGUGUAUAUAUACACACAUACAAUGCAUUCGGAAAGUAUUCAGACCCCUCGACCUUCUCCACAUUUUGUUACGUUAGUCUUAUUCUAAAAUUGAUUUAAAUACAUGUUUUUCCUCAUCAAUCUACACACAAUACCCCAUAAUGACAUCACAAUACCCCAUAAUGACAUCACAAUACCCCAUAAUGACAUCACAAUACCCCAUAAUGACGAAGCAAAAAUAGGUUUAGACAUUUUUGCAAAUGUAAAAAUGCCUUAUUUACAUAAGUAUUCAGACCCUUUGCUAUGAGACUUGAAGUUGAGCUCAGGUGCAUCCGUUUUCCAUUGAUCAUCCUUGAGAUGUUUCUACAAUAUGAUUAGAGUCCACCUGUGGUAAAUUCAAUUGAUUGGACAUGAUUUGGAAAGGCACACACCUAUCUAUAGUACCAGUCAAAAAUUUGGACACACCUACUCAAUCAAGGGUUUUUCUUUAUUUUGACUAUUUUCUACAUUGUAGAAUAAUAGCGACAUACCUGACCUGUGCAGCGAUAUACUCAACCCAAAUUAAAUGGUAGAUGUGA